GCCACGGCGCCCCCCGCUCACUCUCUUAAGCUAUCAACUGGAGGGAUAGCCACCAUGCGGACGAAAAGCUCUACCAAGCCUCCCAAAGGGAACCAAAACCCUCAUCUACAAGCCCGGCUAGCCUACCUCUACAAAGCAGCCACCUACCUCAGCACCCACCAACCCUCCCAGUCCUCACAACCUUCUGUAUCAAGCCCAGCCCUCCCACGCCACCUUGCUUCCCAACUCCGCGCCGUCUCGCUCAAAUCCCAGCUUCGCCUUGCACAACCGAUCAAGCGCUCACUCUGCAACCGCUGCAACACCCUGCUCCAGGAUGGAUCCGCUUCGGUUCACAUGGAGAAUGAGAGCCGUAGUGGCGUUAAGCCUUGGGCGGACGUGCUGGUGAUACAAUGUGCCAUGUGUGAAGCCGUAAAGCGGUUUCCAGUUGGAAGUAAGAGGCAGGGCAAGAAGGGUGCGAGAGAGAGCGCCAAGAUGGAACCGGUGGAGUCGACCGGAGACAAAGCCAAGGUUAGGGGGAGUGAGCUACGAAUGGAUCGGAAUCGCACGACGUAAUCUUAACAUUUGAUUUCCGCUAAAUUCUACAAAAAUGUUUCCAUCUAUCCAACAAGGCUGCCUUGCAUCAGGGUAGUCAUGGUGGAUAGCUCGGAGAUUCACAACAAGGACCAGGAUAAACCUAGUUUAGGACAUCAUGCCCUUGAUGCCUGAACGAACUCCAUAUUGGAUGCUUAGAAGCCUGCGAAGGAUGUGUUGCCCUCACCCAUACUCUUGCUGGUGCUGCUUCCACUCUGAAUGGCACCGAUCAUACCAUCGACCAACGAUGCGCCACUCCAUUUCUGAUGCGUCAAGACGUCGCAUCCAAGCUCCUUCUCCCUGCGUUGCACCA